AUGAGUUGUCUAAAAUCAACACGUUCAAUAUUAAGCAAUUUCAAUGUGGAUGAAUUGAAUCCAGUAGCGAUUGCAAAAUGUCUGUGUUUAUUUCUUCGUACAGCUAAUGGACAAUUGAAAAGAAAGUUUGAAAGUUUGAAUGAAGAACAGAGUGUAACAUUAUAUAAUCAAACAAUUUUUCAAUACAAUGACAACGGCGAUGAUGAUGAUGAUGUUGAUGAUACUGAUGAUGACGAACAGUGUGGUGGUACGAAAGAUCCACAGUCAGAUCAAUUAAAUACCCCGUCAACAACAACAACAUGGAAUAUUGAUAAUUUUUUCACUGUUCUGCAUGAAUUAAAUCCAAAUUUACAAUUAAGCAUGAUUUUCAAUGAAUUAGAUUGUCCCGAAUUUAUGAUCACAAGUUAUCAAUCAUUUGAAUUAUUUAAACAAAUGAUUUUUAUUCAAACCAACAAUACUACUACUGAUAAUACUACUAAUACUACUUAUAAUAAUCAUCUCCAAUCUCAUAUAUCAGCUAAUUAUUUCUAUCAUUCAUGGAUUUAUUCAUAUGGACAAUAUAGUUUACUGUAUUAUUGUUCCAUCUAUCCAAAUGUGAUUAGUUUCAAUAGUUGGCCAUAUCGUUCUGUAGAUAUGAGUAUGUUACAAUUAUCAUCAUUGAGUGAUGAAGAAGAAGAAGAAGCGGCUGCACAAACAAGUAUACAACUGUGGCAAAAUAUUGAUUAUGUUCAAGCUUUAUUAAAUCUAUCCGAUAAAGGUUUAUACAUGAAUGUAUACAAAUUGUUGAAACAUGUGUUCACUCUUUAUCCAGACAUUUUGACUGCGACAUUACUUGAAACGAAUGUUUGUACAUUACGUAAUGUAAUGCUUGGUCAUGCCAUUGUGUACUUUUUAACAAAUCGAUUAAAUUCACAAAUUCUUCUUCAAACUGUAUGGAAUGGUGGAAAGUUAAAUCCACUAACUGGUACCAAUUUACAACAACAACGUUAUUUAUUCAUUGCUUCAUGUAUUGAAUAUACAACACAAUUGCUCAUGUCUAAUGGAUUAUUGGAACCGAGUACAUUGUCAUCUGGUGAACAUACUACUGACGAUCAUCCUAAUCAUCAGCCUACUACCACUACUACUACUACUAAUUCUGCUCUAAAUAAUCCCAAUCAUAAUAGUCAUGAUAAAAACAUCAACUUGUCAAAUCAUUUUUCACAAUUCAUCGAUUUAUUAAUACAUAUUACCGAUUCAACGACACAUCAAUCUAUUAUUUUACCUAUGUUAUUAGGUACAACUGAAUGUUUAUCAAUUGCUGUUUAUAAUUUAUUAUAUUCUACAAAUAUUACUAGUUUAUCAGAUAUCAGUAGUACUGCUACGUCUACGUCUACUGUUUUGACAACAAUCAAUCAUCAAUUACCGCUUCAUUUAUUAUUACCACCGAAUUAUGCAAUCGAUUUCAUUUUCAUUCUUAUCAUGUAUAUGACUAAUAUUAUUCAUGAGAAUAAUAAAACAGCCGCAGCAUCAGAGAUGAUGACGACAACGACUGGCGCCGCUGCGGCCGCCACUUCAACGACAUCUUCAUCCUCCUCAUCGUCAUCGUCGGUACAAACAAUUAUUAAAACUUUUUUAUCACAAUGGUUUAUGGAACGUUUUCAUGAUAAAAUGAUAGCGGAUCCAUUCGCGCUGGGUGUUGUCAAUUAUUUACGUCUACAUUAUACAUCACAUAUAGCUACUACUGCUACUGCUACUUCUGCUACUAGUAGUACUACUGCUAGUACUAGUAGUAGUGGUAGUACAACAAUGAUUUCAUGUCAAAAAUUAACACUGCCUAUGGAAAUUCGUAAACCAUCACUUAGUCUCAUCACACAUAUGAUACAAUCAGCACAAGCAGCACUUAGAUCCGGUUCAUGUCUUGUCUCUCGUCCAGUUCUAAUUGAAGUACAUCAGUCAUUGAAUACCUUAUUACAAUUAGUCAUUAAUUCAGCAUUGAAUCGUACUACUAAUCUAUCAUCCUCAUUAUCGUCGUCCCUGUCAUCAUCAUCUGCAUCCGCAGCAGCAGCAGUUGUAUCGUCUAACAACAAUAACAUAUUGGCUAUGAAAUCUAGUCCUGCUGCUGCAGUGUCGUCAUCAUCAUCAUCAACUCAAUCGCAUUUAUUAGCCACUAGACUUGCAGCUCGACGUAAAGCACAAGCUACUGGCUUAGUUGUUGGUCCAUCAUUAACUACGGAUACUCAUUUACAACAAGCAAUGAAUAAUAAUUACAAUAUUUCUAUCCUAAUGGAACAUCCCCCUAUGGAAUUAUCAUUCGUGAAUGAACCAAUUAAAAUACAAUUAAGCAAAGAAGCUGAAGCUGAAGCAAAUACAUUCUUUCAAAAAUUACUUGAAGGUAUUAAUCCACCAGAGGAAAUGUUUAAAACCUUGUAUGAUUUUGCAAUUCAAGGUACACCUGCUCAACGUAAACUACUCGAUGGUAUUCUACGUAUGUUAGCUGAUGAAGUAUCACGUCAUUUACAAGAUUAUCCGGAAACUAUGCUUCCAUUAUUUGCUGAUUUAUAUGGUAAUGUUUUGGCGGCUAGUACACAUCUUUUUUCAAUCCGAGCUCUUUCAAUGUUAUGGCGUUCAGUAUUGGCUCGUUUGUUUACUUUACCACCAGAAACACAUAUGGAUUCUACAUUGUUUCGUGCUAUGAUACAUAUUUUGAUGAAAGCGAAAAAUACGUUUGUACAUUUUUCCAAUCUUCCAAAUUGUUUAGCCAGUUGUCCAGUUUUCAAAGUAUUUCCACAUGAUCUUCAAGGAUACAUUUUAAACUCUGAAUUAGCUAUCAAGAAUUACUCACUAUCACAACAAACUACAUCGUCCUUGUCCAAGAAUUUAACAACCACUGGGACUAGUAAUGUGGGUGGUGGUACUUCGUCAAAUCAACUAAUAAUGGCUUCCCAGCAUUAUCAACUUACUGAUUCGCUGUUAACACCCUCAACUACUAGUUUACAUUUAACUAUGCCUAAUUCUAACAACAACAACAACAACAACACUAUUGUUGUUGGUGCCGGUGGUAUUCCCACUACUACUACUACUACUACUGAUACAUCAUCAUCCUCAUCCUCAUCAUCUGCAUGCAUCAUUAAAGCACCUGAUCCACCAGAAGAAAGUAUAUCAGAUCGUGUUUAUUUCUUAUUUAAUAAUGUUUCCAAAGUGAAUGCCAAAGAAAAAUCAAAUGAAUUAGCUACGUUGUUAUCAGAAGAUCGUCUUUUACCAUGGUUUGCUUUUUAUCUUGUUAGUAAACGUAUACCAGUGGAACAAACAUUUCAUGAUUUAUUUGCAUUGGUACUUGAUCAUAUACAAGAGAGAGUACCAAAUGUCAGGCCGAAAGUUAUGUUUGAACUGAUACGACAUAUUAAGUUUAUCUUGCGUAAUAUGCGUUUAGACAAAGAUGAUAUGCAAGCAAGGAGUACAUUGAAAAAUUUUGGCAGUUUCCUUGGCCUGAUCACUUUGGCACGUAAUAAACCAGUUCUACAUGAUGAUUUAAAUAUUAAAGAUCUUAUUUAUGAAGCAUAUUAUAAAGGACCAAUUCCUAUACAAUAUGUCGUUCCAUUUGUUGCUCGUGUAGUACGUGGUGCUACAGAGAGUUUAGUAUUUCGACCACCGAAUCCAUGGACAAUGGCUAUAUUGAAAGUUUUACGUGAAUUAUAUGAUAUGGACAAUGUGAAAGAUUGGUUACGUUUUGAAAUUGAAAUUCUUUAUCGUGCAUUCGAUUUAAAUCUUAACGAUAUCCCUUCGGCCAAUUUUCUUCGUGAUCCAACACAUUCAUCGAAUUUAGACAUUGAGCUGUGUUUUAUUGCAACUUGUACAAGUACUAUUACUACUGCAACGAUUACUACUACAAUUACUACUGUAACUGCAACUACUACUGCUACCAACAUUGCAUCGAUCAGCGCACCUGUCAUAACUAGCAACGAUUCCGCAUCACUCUAUCCCGGUAUUGGUUCUUGCUUCAGUACAACACCCGACUUUUCGCUGACAACAACAAUGUCGGCUGCAACGACAACCAUGACAACCUUUUCCGCUGGAGGUGCUGCUGCCGGCGCUCCAACCACUGGAUCGUCUCAACAACAAAAACAAUUAUCCAAUAUGAUUGCUUUAUUUCAGAAACAACAACAGCAACAAGUCUCUGCGACCGAUUCCAUUUCGUCGCAACAACAAUCUGUUUAUUCGACACAUGGUUUGGAUAUAGCCAAUUUAGUGCAAAACUCCACAAGCGGUUCAAAUAAUUCAACUCGUCAAACAGCAGCUGCACUUGCUGCUGCUGUAGCUGCUAUCAAAAAACAACAGCAACAUCAACAUCAACACCAGCAACAAUUCGGUGGUGGUCCUCUUUCAUCCAUUGGCACUGGAUCAUUCUCAUCGUCGUCGUCGUCUUCUUCGUCUGCCGCUGCCGCCGCGGCUGCUGCGGCUGCCUUAUCUUUACAACAACAUCAACAACAAUUGAAUGCUGCCAUGGUCGCGUUUCAACAACAACAACAACAUGCUCAACAACCACAAUCUCAACAGCAGCAUCAGCCGCAAGCGCAACCGCAAACACAUCAACCGCAAUCACUGCAAAAUAUUUUAUCUGCUCAUCACAGUCAAACUCAUGUAACACAGCCGAGCAAUAUCACCGGUGGGGGAUUAAAUGGUGAUUUAACUGCUAAUGCUGGCGGCGGUGCAUUAUUUACUGGACAUUUAUUACGUUAUGAAGAUGUCACUAUACGUAGUAUACGUGCAUGUUUAAAUCUUGACGAAUUAUUAUUCACUAAUGCUGCAAUCAAUAGCCGUAAUGGUAAUACUAAUUCUAGUGGAAUUACAGCGGCAUUCGCAUUGCUUCAAUCAAAUCCACGACUACGUAGUUUAAUCGAACCAGCGGUACUACGUGCAAUCAAUGAAUUAACGACACCUGUAUUUGAACGUUGUGCACGUAUCACUGUGACUACAGUGGUAGCUAUUGUACGUAAAGAUUUCGCACUGGAUCCCGAUCCUUCACGUAUGUUAUAUGCUGCGUGUCAAAUGAUACGACAUCUUGCCGCUGGUAUGUCAUUAAUCACUGCCAGAGAAGCGUUAGGCAUGUCACUUGUGACCAGUUUGAAAAAUAUCAUCCUUGCUGAAAUUCAAUCGGUGUCAACGAAUACUCCAACGACAACUACAACACCCGGCGCUACUGCUACUACUACUACUAUUACUAGUCAAGAGAAAGAAGCUGUUCAACAGUUGGCUUAUUUAGUUGUUGGUAAAAGUAUGCAUGUUUGUUUGGCGUAUAUGCAAAAAUCCGUAGCAGAAAAAGCUGUAAAAGAUGUUGAAAAGAAAUUAGAACCAGAUAUUAAACUGCGCACAGAACUAGGUCCAAUACGUUUUAUGGAACAAGCUGUCAAUCAAUUGACAUUACAACAAUCCAAUAUGCCUGAAUCAUUACGUCUUACACCCGGUGGUCCAACUCCAACAGAAAUGUCAGUCUAUGAAGAAUUCGGACGUGUUAUUCCUGGUUUCGCACCAAGUACAACUGGACCAAUGAUGAAUAAUAAUACACCUACAUCGUCGUUUCUACUCCCUGGUACAGUGCAAAAUUUGUCUUCAUCAGCGGCAGCUGUAGCGGCCUCAUCAUCAUCAUCUUCUAUGGCUGCUUAUCUUCAACAACAAAAACACCAACAACAGCAACUUGUUCAUCAACGACAUACUACACCUACUACACCUAGUACUACUGCUAAUGUUGCUGUAUGUCCAACUACUGGUUCGUUUAUGAAAUCACAAAAUUAUCUAACUGGAACUAAUAAUCCUAGUCAACAACCAACUCCAGCUAAUUUUCAAGCACCAUUAUCUGGUUUAUUCGAUAAAAUAAUUGGACAAAUUGAACGUCAUUUAAUCGCUAUCUCUGGUCGUUUACGUCCUAUCAAUGAUCCAAUGUGUCAAUCAUUACGUUGUUUAAUUGAUACAGUACAUUUAGCUAAAACAAAUCGUGAUACAAUGGUUGCUAGUAAUAAUAUUAUUACAAUGAUGGUACAAAGUUUUUUGGAACAUUAUCGACCAAGUGUAUGGCGUGAUCAACCACGUGGUCUAGAAACAAUGGAACAUUUAAAAGAGGCACACCUGCUUACACUACGUCAUAUGUUAUCACUGGAACAAGCUCCAUUUGGUUAUGCAUGGGUUACGCGUCAAGUGACGCAUACAUGGAUUCAUUUAGACGGUGGAAGUUGUUCCAGUGGUAGUGGCAUCAAUAUCACAUCGUUAUCUUCAUCAACAUCAUCAAACAACAACAACAACCCUAGUGGAACUGUUACUACGAAUCAUAAUAAUAAUAAUAAUGCUUCAUCGCUUGAUGAUAUGUUGUUAGACAAUAGUGUUUCUAAUACUUGGACUACAGGAGCUACUACUACUGGUGGUGGUGGUUGGAAACAAUUUAAUGAAACAAAUAACAAUUCAAUUUCAUCUAUUCAUCAACAUCAUCAUCACCAUCAUCAUGAUCAUCAUCAUCAACAACGUCUUGUUUCAAUUAAAUGGAAUUGGGAAGCAUUUGCUGAAUUAUUACGUGUACAUGUGAUUUAUUUUUCACAGAUUGAUACUUAUUUAGCUCAAGAAGUAGGCAAAGGUCAUCCUGGUGCAAUUAUUUUUGUGAUUGAUCUGUUAGAUCAUUUUGUAUUACCUUGUCCUAAUGGUACAUCAUUAGGUGCAGCAGCAGCUGCCGCGGCCAAUUAUGCUCGUGCUAGCGCAUCGGCAUCUGCUUCAUCAACAUCAUCAUCGGCAACAGCAGCAGCAUCAGCAUCAUCACAAUCUGCAGCCAAUUCCGGCGCAUCAUCCGGUGUGAAUGUCAACUAUCCUUCAACAAUCAAUGGUGGUGUCGGUGUCGGUGUAAUGAAUCCGGUAACAUUUUCAACUAAACGUGAAUUUACCAUAUUAAAUGAAUAUGAUUUAUGGUCAACAUUAGAAGCGUUAAGAAAUCGUGUCACCUAUUUGAAUAAUAUCAAUGCAUCGUCUGCGACAUCAACAUCAACAACCACCACAUCGUCAUCGUCAGCAUCAGCGUCAUCAUUGCUCACAGAUCCAUUGAAUUUACGAUUACGUUUAGCUUGUGCACGUAUACGUGGUUUGUUGGAUUUAGGUUUAAUGGAACAUUCACCGCUGUUUACUAAUCCAUCAUAUACUAUUGGCGCUUUGUAUGCAGGAUGUAGUCAAGCACAUGAAUUUGAUGAUCCACCUAAUUUACAAGAAAAAGUUGAAUUAAUCAUGCGUAAUUGGGUAGAAAUUUAUCAAAGUCCUAAACAACGUGAUCCAGCUACAAUCGAUGCGUUGAUUAGUCAACUUACACAAAUUGGUGUUUUACCAAAUAUUCAUAAUUCCACACGAUUUUUACGUUUAGCUACAAUUUUUGUGAUUGAACGUGCAUUGAAACAGCUGAAAUUGGAAGAGCAACAGCAGCAGCAACAACCGCAGAUUCCUAACGGAGGAGGCGGUAAUGGUGUUGGUGUUAAUCCAGGAAAUGGUGGAUCCAGUUUCAAUUCAUCGAAUCCAGCAAUUAAUCGUGUUGCGGCUUACGUUGAAUUAGAUGCUUAUGCUCGUUUAGUGAGUAUAUUGAUUAAUCAAUUAAGUGAUAGUAGCCCCUCCUCAUCUCAAGGUGAUCAUGUGAAUGCUAAAGUAACAUUGUUAAACAAAGUUCUUGGACUUAUCGCUGGUACAUUACUUCAAGAACAUGAAGUACGACGUGAUCUAUUUCAUCCUAUGCCAUUUGAACGUUUACUUGUGAUUCUAUUUGUUGAAUUACAAUCUCCACUAUCAUUACCACCUCCUUCUACAGUACAAUUCGCGACUACUACUGUAGGCGGUUCACCACGAUCAGAUAACAACAACAAUACUACUACAGAUGAAGGAUGUGUAGAGAAUAUUAUCAAUUCAGAUAUGCAUCAACCUAAUGAAUCUGAAAAAAUGUGUACAAAUAAUAAACAAACUGAUCCAAGCGUUGGCGGUGCUAGUGGCGGCGCUGCUGUUGGCGAACCUCGAAUCUCUUCUGUUACAUCAUCAAUCAAAUCAUCAUUAGGUCCAUUAACUUUACAACAACAACUCCCUUUGAUCUUUUGUCAUCUAUUGCAUUGUUUACGACCAGAAAAAGCAACUGCAUUUGUAUUUUCAUGGUUAGAAAUGUUAGCACAUCGUUGGUUUGUUGGACGUAUUCUAUCAGCACCAGGACCAGCAAAACUUCGUACAGCUUAUCAAGCAAUGUAUGCACAAUUGCUAACAGAUUUAUUAAAAUUUCUUGGUUAUUUUCUACAAAAUGCACUUAUGCCAAAACCAAUUCAAUGUUUAUAUAAAGCAACGCUGAGACUAUUGCUAGUGUUAAUUCAUGAUUUUCCUGAAUUUGUCUCGGAUUAUUAUGCAUUAUUUUGUGAUGUUGUUCCAUCGAAUUCAAUUCAAAUGCGUAAUAUCAUAUUGUCAGCAUUGCCUAAACGUGGUAUCCCUUCAGCGGAUCCAUUACAAGCUCCUCCAGUUGAUCAAUUAGCUUCAUUAGAAGAUCCUACUGGUUAUUGUAUGGAAGCUGGUUCACGAUUGCCGGAACCAAUGCGUUGUGAACUUGACGCGUAUUUAACUACUCGUGCACCAGUGAAACUACUCAGUGAAUUAGUAACAAUGUUACGACGUGCAGAUGAUAUUAUUCCACCGAUUCCUCCACCGGCCCAAUUCGCCUAUCAUUCACAACAACAAGCUAGACAUCAACAAGCGUUGGCAGCGUACGCUGUUGCUUUAGCUGCUAAUGAUGUUGCUACCGGUUCAUCAUCAUCGGUUAAAAUGGACGAAAAGUUAAAUGAAGAUCAUUUACCACCGAGUUCCACUUCUUCUUCUUCUACACAAGUUGUAAAUAAUAAAACAUCAGGAAAAAGUGGGACUACAGUAGCAGAGUCUUGGGAGAAUACUACUACUGGAACCAACAGUUCGACAUCUUCAGCAGCUGCAGCUGCAGCAGUUUCGGACAAUAAUAGUAAUGACCUAUCAUCCUCAUCAACAUCGUCUGGUGCUGCCGCCGCCAUGUCUUCACGAACAACAACACUUAGUGUAUCGAAUUCUAUGAUGAAUGGUGGUGGUAGUUCAAGUGCUGCUGCAUUUGCUGCAUUAUUAUGGGGUGUACGUGCUACACAACAAUUAGCUACAUUUGGUUUAACUGAUAGUAUGCAUUAUAAUAUUGAAUUAAUGACAAAUUUAACAUUGUACGUAUGUAUUACAGCUAUACGUAAUUUACGUGAAAAAGGUAUGCCAUUAAAUAUGAGCACUAUAGCGCAUACACCACAAAUGGAUAUUAUACAAAGUUUAGUAUUAAAUCUUGAUAAUGAAGGUCGUUAUUUAUUAUUGAAUUGUAUGGCCAAUCAAUUGCGUUAUCCAAAUUCACAUACCUAUUAUUUCAGUUAUACAAUAUUGUAUUUAUUCUCGGAACAAUCGAAAGAACAAGUGAAAGAACAAAUUAGUCGUGUACUAAUGGAACGAUUAAUUGUCAAUCGACCACAUCCAUGGGGUCUCUUGAUGACCAGCGCCGAGUUGUUACGUAAUCCAGCGUAUCGAUUUUGGGAGCAUGAAUUUGCUCGUUGUAAUCCAGAGAUUGAAACAAUUGUAACUAUUGUCGCCCGUAGUUGUAUACCUAAUUUUCAAAUUCCCAAUGUAAAUUCUUCUGACAAUUGUACACCGUCUAGUGUUGUUCCAUCAAGUGGUCUACGUUAUGCUUUAUUAUCACCAGGUACUGCACAAGGUUCCGUGUAAUCAGAAUGACGGAGACGGCGAUGACAACGUCGGCGACUAUUUGUAUUAUUAUUUUCUCUCUCUUUCCCUUUCUGUUCCAUGUGUGUUUUUCCCUUAUUCCUUCUUCUCCUUCUUCUUCUUCCUUUUACCAGCAGCGUCGUCAUCGUUAUUGUUGUUGGUGACGGCGCGCUCCCGCGCAUGUGUGUGUGUGUGCUUGCGUUGUUUCUGUUUUGUUUAAAUUAAACAUUUUCAUAUGACUGACUAACUGACUGACUGUCUGACUGUGUAUGUGUGUGUGGUCGCUUUGUUUUUUUUCUUUGUAAUUAAAAUUCAUCUCAUUUUGUGUUAAUGGAUUAUUACACUCCCCUCCCCCCAACACUCUAAUCACAUUUUUUUUGUUGAUCCCCUCUCUUUGUAAAAUUUCAUUAUUAUUGACCCUAUUCUCUAUAUAUACAAAUAUAUAAAUAUAAAUAUAUAUAUAUAUAUACACACAUAAAUAUACAUAAAACUAUUUU